AUGGAUAUGGCUCAAUCGUCCGAGCACCUUUGCUACGUCCGGUGCAACUUCUGCAACACUGUUCUUGCGGUUGGGAUCCCAUGCAAGAGGCUGUUGGAGACUGUGACGGUGAAGUGCGGUCAUUGUAGCAAUCUCUCAUUCCUAAGCACGAAGCCUCCGGUUCAAGGUCAAAUUUGCUAUGAUCAUCAGAAAACCCUACAUCAGAGUUUGUGCCAAGAAUUCAAGAAAAGCAUUGCUCCGUCUUCGUCUUCGUCUACAGCCAGCGAGCCCUUGUCCCCAAAAGCUCCAUUCGUGGUGAAACCUCCUGAAAAGAAACACAGGCUUCCAUCAGCCUACAAUCGGUUCAUGAAAGAGGAGAUACAGCGCAUCAAGACAGCGAAUCCAGAGAUCCCACAUCGAGAGGCUUUCAGUACAGCUGCUAAAAAUUGGGCCAGGUACGUUCCAAGCUCCUCAGGAGGGUCAUCAGCUGUUUCAAACAUUGGUAACAAUGUUUAA